AAUCUGUACAAUAUGUUCACAACUCCUUAACAAGAAACAGCUUUGGAGUGAUCACAAACUAAUUGUAGUAAUUAAGAAUUUCAUUUUCACCACAAUGAUUUCCUUCAAUAUCCUCAGAACACAUCUCUUUCUUUGCAUCCCUUGCUUGCUUGGCCUCUCCAUUGAAAAAGUUAGCUCUAAUAUUCCUUAUUAUUACUGCUCAAACACAACCAAUAACACUUCUCUUAACACCACCUAUCAAGCCAAUCUCAAUCACCUCCUCUCUACACUCUCUAAUGCCAGCACAGCCAACAGAUUCUAUAACUCUUCUGCUGGCCAUGACCGUUCCAACAAAGCUUACGGCCUCUUCCUUUGUCGCGGGGAUGCCACUCCCGAGUUGUGCCAGGAUUGUGUGGUCAAUGCAGAGAGAGAGAUAGUACAGAUGUGCCCAAAUGGAGAAAUGGCUCAAAUUUGGAAAGACAGGUGCUUGUUACGUUACUCGAACCAAUUCAUCUUCUCAAGAUCAGAACAUGUGUGCAACACGCAGAAUGUCACUGAAGCAGAGAGAUUUAGGCAGGAGUUAGGAGACAUAUUGGAAGACUUGGCUACUCAGGCUGCAAAUGAUCAGUCUGGUAUGAAGUUUGCUACUAAGAUAACCAAAUUCAUGGCACAAGAUCUGUACAGCCUUGCACAAUGCACACCAGAUCUAUCCGUUGCUGAUUGCUAUAAGUGCCUUCGAGAAGUUACCUCGUAUAUGACAAGUCACUGUGAGGGAAGCAGAGGGGCAAGAGUUUUGUUUCCGAGCUGUAAUAUUUGGUACGAGUUUUAUAGGUUCUAUUGGAUCACAGGCAGCCAAGUUCCUUCUCGAGGAAAAGAUGGAAUCAGUACAGCAGUAAUAAUUGUAGCCAUUGUUGUUGCAAUAAUUGUCAUGGCGGUGCUCUUUUCCACUGGCUUCUGGUGCAAAAUGCGGAAAGCAAGGAAGAGGGACAGUUAUAUAAGAAAAAAGAAUGUUGCAUAUGAGAUAGAAACUGUGCAGUCCAUGCAAUAUGAUUUGGGAACCAUCAAAGCAGCAACAAAAGACUUCUCUGACGAUAACAAAAUUGGUGAAGGUGGAUUUGGUGCUGUCUACAAAGGUACACUUCCUUACAACGGACAAGAGAUAGCUGUGAAGAGGCUAUCUAGAAGCUCUGUGCAAGGUGCAAUGGAGUUUAGGAAUGAGGUUGCAUUGGUAGCCAAAUUACAACACAGAAAUCUAGUGAGGCUGCUGGGAUUUUGCUUGGAAGGAGAAGAAAAGAUACUCGUGUAUGAAUUCGUUCCAAACAAAAGCCUUGACUACUUUCUAUUUGAUCCGGAAACAGGAAAACAAUUGGAUUGGCCAACACGUUACAAGAUUAUAGGAGGCAUGGCUAAAGGAAUUCUUUAUCUUCAUGAAGAUUCUCGACUAAGAAUUAUACAUCGUGAUCUAAAAGCUAGCAAUAUACUAUUAGAUUUGGAAAUGAAUCCAAAAAUUUCAGAUUUUGGAAUGGCGAGAAUCUUUGGCGUGGAUCAAACUCAAGGGAAGACAACUAAAAUUGCUGGAACAUAUGGUUACAUGUCUCCAGAGUACGCAAUGCAUGGAAAAUUCUCCAUAAAGUCAGAUGUGUUUAGCUUCGGUGUCUCAAUAUUGGAGAUUAUAAGUGGCAAGAAAAACAGUAAUUUCUUCCAAUUAGACAGUAAUGCUGAGGACCUUCUGAGCUAUGCUUGGAAACAAUGGAGAGAAGGGACACCCGUGGCAUUGAUGGAUCAAACUCUUGCAGAUUCUUAUUCAAAGCAUGAAGUCAUUAGAUGCAUCCAUAUUGGGUUAUUGUGUGUUCAAGAAGAUGUGGAUGCUAGGCCUUCUAUGGCAUCUAUACUUUUCAUGCUCAACAGUGACUCGGUUACUCUACCAUUGCCUCAACAACCUCCAUUCAUUGUUCAUAGCAAAACAGAGUUGGGCAUUCCAAAUGUGUUUGAGCCGUGGUCUUUGAAUGUUACAAGCUCAUGCAAUCAGGGAAGGGUAUUUUGAGAAAUGAAAAAACAAAUGUAUUUUUACUGUAAUGGUUUAUACUCAAUCUGAUAUUGCUGUAUAGCGUACAACAUUUGUUAUAGUUACAUGAAAGCUGACCUUAGAUUUAAGUGCAAGAGAA